UGGGAUUAUGCAGUGAGUAACACCAGUGUUUGGCACGAUUAUGGCAUGUUUGCUGCCUGCACAAGGCAGAGGAAACUAGAUACUAUUGCUGAACUCAGCUCAGUGUACUGUUGUCAUAUAUUAUUUAGUGCACUAAAUGUAUUAAUUAUUGCACUAAUAUACAUAAUGUAUUAAUUAUUGCACUAUACUAUAUAAUGUAUUAAUCAUUGCAUUAUAUGCAUCUUGUAUUAAUUAGUGCACUAAUUCUUGAAGGGCACAGUGGGGCUGGGCACUAUGCAGCCAGUCUAACACAGCAGUCAAAUCCCAUGCUGUCUGCAAAUUAACUGUGCACAUGUGGAUGAUUAGACUUUUCAGUACUCAGGUUGGAAUUUGGGAGGUCUUCUCCUGUAAGAAUUUUUUAAUUUCAGAUUUCAAGCUUUAAGUUUUGCAGUGAAAUGUUUUUAGUAUUUUGUCCAUUAGAAGUCAGGUUUUUCCACUUAGCAUGUUCAAAGGAGGCCUGACUGAGCAGGCACAAAAGGAUUCAGGGAGGACAGUGCAGCGGCUGUUCCAAGCAGGUGGUGUGAUGAAUUCCCCUUCACUAAGUGCUAAAAAGGCUUCUGCUCAGCAUGGGGAAGCUUGCUUCAUUAUAUGACCCUAACCCCUCUGAUUAUAAACUUGACUGGCACCAAUGGAGACAGAGUGCCUGCUGGUGAGUGAACAGCGUAUCCAGGCAGAGCCCAAAUACACAGUGACUGAACAGACAUUGCUUAAAAACAAGAACAUCAUCAAGAAAGUGAUUGGACAAAAAUUUGUGUACAAGUUUGUCUCCUUUCCUGAGAUUUUAAAAAUGGAUCCACAUGCUGUGGAAAUCAGCAGAGAGAGCCUUUUGCUGCAGGACAGCGACUGUAAGAUGCCUUCCGAGAGCAGGGAUCAGCACAAACACAGCUUGUCAGCACUGAAAAGCACAAGCCGUAAUGAAUAUAUCCACUCUGGCCUGUACUCCUCUUUCACUAUCAACUCUCUGCAGAACCAGCCAGACCCUUACAAGCCAAUCAAAACAGAAAAACUGGAGGAGAAGUCAGAAGGAAACACACCAGUGGAAGAAGUUCGGACUGUCAUCAGAUUUGUGACAAACAAAACAGACAAACAAGUUAUGAGGCCCAUGGUGUCAUUGCCUUCCACUUCUGAAACAGCAGCUGCCUCUGCUUUUCUCAGCUCGUCAGUAUCAGCUAAAAUAUCUUCCUUAAUGCUACCCAACAGUGCCAGCAUUUCAUCUCCAUCGUCAUCUUCCUCCCGGUCACCAUCUCUGUCUCCCACCUCACCUCUCCCUGCAGAUCACAGGAGCCUCUUCCUUGAUUCCAGUUGCCACGACUCAGAUUCUCUUGAGCCUCUGAACCUCUCCUCAGGCUCCAAGGCAAAAUCUCCAUCUCUUCCCCCAAAGGCUAAAAAACCCAAAGGCUUGGAAAUCUCCGCCCCACCUAUGGUCCUCUCCAGCACCGACAUUGGUUCCAUCGCCCUCAACAGCCCCGCACUUCCUUCAGGAUCCCUGACUCCAGCUUUCUUCACUGCACAGACCCCAAAUGGAUUAUUGCUGACCCCGAGCCCGCUGCUGUCUAGCAUUCAUUUCUGGAGCAGCCUCAGUCCUGUUGCUCCUCUGAGUCCUGCCAGGCUGCAGGGACCAAACACUCUGUUCCAGUUUCCAACUCUGCUAAAUGGUCACAUACCAGUGCCGCUCCCCAGCCUGGACGGAGCCUCUUCUCCAGUACUGCUUUCUCCAAGCGCCCAGAAAUCCUGAUGACGCCUCAUCUCGCCAAGGACUUAUUGGUGGAUUUAACACUUCAUUCCUUUGGGCUAGUUUUUUUUCUCCUGUGUCAUGAGAAGGACAUUGUGAAAACCCUCUAUUACUUUGGUUUGCACUUUUCAUUACAUGGAUAAUCUACUUUUAUUAUGUUAGCAUUUUCAAACAGUGUUUAUAUAUAAAAGUAUAUAUAAAUCUGUUUUGCAUUAAAUGAAUUAUAAUUUUUUUAUAUCAUAGCUCUCAAGUGUUGAACACUUCUGUUGUUGAUGAAGUACUUUUCUUAAUGGACUGCAACAAUGUAUCUAAUAAGGAUGUGAAGCUUCUUUUUAAUCCUUUUUCCUGCAUAUUAUGCAUUGUGCUUGUGUAAACUAUAACCGGCUGUGCCUUCUUUUGCAUAAUGUCAUGUAAAUGAUUUAUAUAUUUUCUAGUAUUAAGAUAAAAAGUUGAAAGAAAAAACUAGUAUUGAACAGCCCUAUGGUAGUAUUUCAGUAUUUUCUCCACGGAUAGGCCAUACGAUGCAGUGUAUUCAUGUAACUUUGUAUUAAGUGCUUUCAAAUUGUAUAAAAAUAGCCUUAUAAUUUUUCUUUGCUGAAAUGGAAAACAUAACCAACGUUACAGUCACGAGAUGCAUUGAGGGGUAGCAAAGCCACAUUUCCACGUUUAUGCCCAAGUCGUUUUGUUGUGUUGCAACAGGGAGGAACUGGGCUGUGUAUUUUCACCAGACAUUUCCAGCACUGGAGAAUACUUCUGUAGAAAAGGAGAAUUUAUUUGGCCUAUACUUCUUACGAACUGUCAGCAUUACAGCUGGAAAGAGGAGGUAAUCUCUGUCUUCCCAGGGAAUGAGGAUCAUUCCUGAUUGAUAGAGAAUUUCCAGGUGCUUUGUUCAGUCGUGCCAAGUGCCUUCUACUAUUUCCCUGGAAAGAUUAUUGUAGCUACUAAAGCUCAGAAGGUUGCAUUUCCCCUUCCCCCAAAGCUGGAAAAGUUACAGGACUGUAAAUGAAUGCCUGGUGCUUGUAAAGAGGCACACUGUACAUGUGGGAUGUUUAUGUAUAAACAUCUGAAUUCUGCAUUAAAAACCAGCACUGUGUUACUAUAUACUCGCAACUUGAAUUUACUGGGUAUGUCCUCUACCUUGAGGUGAUGGUUUAGUCAUCUAAAUGUCAGGUUAGGAUUAGGCUAGACUCCCUGGCACCACAGAUUCUAAUCUUGGCAGGGCUGAUGCAAAUCUUCAGUUCUCUGAGGUGGCUAAAUUGGGUUGAACGCAGCUUUACCGUGUACGUUUUCCAGAUGAGACCUUCAAAACUCAAACCAGUAUCAGAAUCCUGUUUGCUGCAGGUCAUUAGAGCUUCUACUUUGCUUUCUGGCCAAGCGGCUGGCCAGCAGUCCGUUCUUUUUGGAAUUUACGCAGUGAGUUGUCUGCUGAUUUUCUGCUUGGAUGCAUUUCAGUGAUGAUGUGUGUAGUUAAUUGUAAAGUGCUUUUGGAUCCUUCAACCUGAAAGGUGCUAAAUAAACAUUUUAUUAAUGCA